AUGACCAAGUCCAAAGCAGCCAAGCGCAAGCGCAACGCACAAGUCGACCUCCCAAAAAAGCUUCCCAAGCCAGUCCCGAAUCUAACACCGCCUCCGGAUGGCGUCCCCCUCGAGUCCACACAUCUCAAUGCCGUCGUCUCGGACGAAGAACUCGACAUCACAAUCGAGACACUGGCGGCGCUUGCACAGUAUCCUAGCCUGACAAAGUCAAAAGCAUGCAAGGACCUCCGAGUGGCAGUCUAUGAUUUCCGCCAAACAUGCACUACGGGUGUCAACACUGCCGAGGGCGCCAACUUGACAGCCCGAAUAACCGGUGCAUUGGCAGACGAAAAAUACAUUGAAGCUAGGAUCUUGCUCGCGGAGAUGAGGAUUCGGGGGGAACAACCCAAAAUCGGAGCCUUGUGUCGCUGGGUACGAGAUCUGGAUGUCGUCAGCGGCCUCUCGACGCAGCCCAAGGGGCACGAUCAUGUCCCCCCGGAGCGCAGUGUGAAGGAAAUGGAAAUUCUCGGUGUGCUUGAUGCCAUCCUACGCGUCAGCACCCCGAUUGACACCAACACGAACGCUGUUGACUCAACCAAUCCCAUCGCCUUCCAGUCCAUCUGGGACCUCCGCCCCUCGACAACACCACUCCCGGUCUACGCUUCAGUCCUCGACAAAUCAAUCUUGGAAGAGGCGCCCAAGUCUCAAUCUGCCCUCCGCAUUAUCGAACAAACCCCUGGCCCACUCCGCAAACCCCCAAACCAUCAUCCCGCCAUCCUCUUUACGACCACCCCGAACGCCGUCCCACUGGCUCCGGUCGGUCCUUCCAUAACAUACCACGCACAUCCCGCUGUGCCAGGCCUUGGCCUCGUCCUCAACGUGCUAUCCGCUGAUGAGUGCAAGGCGAUCAUCGCUGCCGGUGAAUCUGUCAAUUUUCUGCCGGACGCGCCCCUUCGUGAAGAUGGGGACAUAAGCAUCCUGGCCCACAACUUUUACUGGAUCAUCGACACCACAUUCCACGACAUCCUUUGGGCGCGAAUCUCCCCGUAUGUGCCGCCCUCCAUCAACGGUCGCAUGGUCCGAGGUAUCAAUCGUCGCUUCCGUGUGUACAGGUACGUUCCCGGAGCCGAAUAUCGCUGCCACAUUGACGGAGCCUGGCCACCGUCCGGUAUUCUCCCGGAUGACACAUACGUGUAUGACUCCUCGCCCGAGGGAAAAAAGCAGAGCUCGAUGUACACCUUCCUAUUAUAUCUCAACGAUGAGUUUGAGGGCGGAGAGACAACGUUCUUCAUGCCAGCCCCGCGGGAGGGAACCCUCAAUGGCUACCCAGUGCGACCUGUAAUGGGAGCUGUUGCGAUAUUCCCACAUGGGGAGUCGAAUGGAGCCUUGCUGCAUGAAGGUACAGGGGUGAGGAAGGGAGCAAAAUAUAUUAUUCGGACUGACGUAGAGUAUGAUGUGAAGCCUUCCGAAGAGUGA